GGCCGCUGAUUGGCCGCGCGGGAGCCAGGCGGGGGCGGGGCAGUGCCCACCCAGCCGGAAGCGGGGGCGGCGGCGGCGCUGCCGGCGCGGGAUGGAUCUGUUCGGGGACCUGCCUGAGCCCGGCUGCUCGGCCGCGGGGAAGGAAGCUCAGAAAGGGCCUCUGCUCUUUGAGGAUCUCCCCCCAGCCAGCAGUGCUGACUCAGGAAAAGGAGCCUCUUUACUCUUUGAUGACCUUCCUCCAGCCAGCAGCGGUGACCCAGCCUCUGGUGCUCCUGAGCAGGACUCAUCAGCAGGGAGCUGUGGGAAAGGGGAGAAGAGGAAGUCUUUGGAGGAGGAAGAGAAGAAUGGCAGGGAAGAACUUGUGGAAAAGAAAGUUUGUAAAGGGUCAGUGGGCAUUCUUGGAUUAAAGGGUUACGUGGCAGAGAGAAAAGGAGAAAGAGAAGAUAUGCAGGAUGCACACGUCAUCUUAAACGAUAUCACUGAGGAAUGCCAGCCUCUGCCUUCCCAAAUCACACGUGUCUCCUACUUUGCUGUUUUUGAUGGCCAUGGGGGAGUCCGAGCCUCAAAAUUUGCAGCACAGAAUCUGCACCAAAACCUGAUCAAGAGAUUCCCUAAAGGUGAGGUAGUCAGUGUGGAGAAAACUGUGAAGAGAUGCCUUUUGGACACCUUCAAACACACAGAUGAAGAGUUUCUAAAGCAGGCGUCCAGCCAGAAGCCAGCAUGGAAGGAUGGCUCCACAGCUACUUGUGUCCUUGCUGUUGACAACGUUCUCUACAUAGCCAACCUCGGGGACAGCCGGGCGAUUCUGUGUCGUUACAACGAGGAGAGUCAGAGGCACGCAGCCUUGAGCCUCAGUAAGGAGCAUAACCCCACGCAGUAUGAGGAGCGCAUGAGGAUACAGAAAGCUGGGGGAAAUGUCAGGGACGGAAGGGUCCUGGGCGUGCUCGAGGUCUCCCGCUCCAUCGGGGAUGGCCAGUACAAACGCUGUGGUGUCAUCUCUGUGCCAGAUAUCAAACGCUGCCAGCUCACUCACAACGACAGGUUCAUUCUGAUAGCUUGCGAUGGCCUCUUUAAAGUCUUUACACCAGAAGAAGCUGUGAACUUCAUUGUGUCCUGCUUGGAGGAUAAGAACAUCCAGGUGAGGGAGGGGAAGCUGGAAGCAGACACGAGAUACGAAGCUGCCUGCAACAGACUGGCCAACAAGGCGGUGCAGCGGGGCUCGGCUGACAACGUGACGGUGGUGGUGGUGCGGAUAGAGCACUGAGGAAGGGGAGGUCAUUGUGCCUGCAUGCGUGGCCAGGGCAGGGAAGGAGGGUCCUGCUGGGUGCUCUUCAGUGUAAAUAAAGUUGUUUGGGUGUUUUUUCUAAUA